AUGUUCAAGUCUGGCUCAAAGACCAGAGCAGCCGAUAAUAGCAAAAAAAUCAAAACUUUCCGCAAACUAGGUAAUAAGGAAGCUUACCAACUAGCUCUUCAUACACUAGAUUGCAAUCGCAACAAAUCUAUCAUCUGUCGCUAUACAACUCCUCAAAUCUACCUAUCCCAUCCCAAGCGUCUCAUACGUAUUGUCGAGACCGCUAUUAUCGAAGUACUUCUCCUGCAUCCAAUUUUACAAGCUAGGAUAAUCGACGCCGACUCUAAAAAUCCCGCGUGGGAACAACUACAUCAUGCGCAUUUAAAUGAACAUCUCACAUGGCGCUUUUUACAAACACCCGAGGAUUUCGAUGAUGUUUCUAGAAAACUCACUCUUUCGGAAAUCGAUAGCAAGUUUCAUGAAAUUGAAGAUGAGCCAAGGUGGAGGAUCGUUGUUUUGUAUCAGGAAAGAUUUAAUUUACUGGAAGUACUCUUUACAUGGAAUCAGGUAUAUGGCGAUGGAAUCAGCGGGAGGAUUUUCCAAGAAGAUUUAUUUCGACGUCUUAAAAUGGCAGCUCAGCAAGAUGACAUUGGAGAUAUCGCCAUAGAAACUUCUCUCAUUCCACUUCCUACAGUUCCAAACCUUUCUCCUUCCAUCGAAGAACUCCAUAAAUUUUCUCCUGGUAUAUCUUUCCUCGCCAAAAGUCUCUGGCAAACAUUUAUUCUCGCAGCUACAUCACGAAAAAAACUAACUCUAGCUCACUGGGCACCCAUCCAUCUCAUCCCAUACUCCACCCAAUACCGCUCAUUCUCCAUCUCCAGAACCACAAUUUCCGAUCUUCACCUCGCAUUUCACAAGAAGAAAAGUACACUUAUCAGUCUUCUGCACGCACUCAUGAAUAUCUCACUAGCGUCACAGUUAGACGAGAACACAGCAUCUGCAUUUCAAAGCUGUACGACGCUGGAUAUGCGACGAUUUAUAACGUGUACUUCCUCGAGAUCCAAGCAUUCAGGAUUAAAUAUAGAGAGAAUAAUGGGAAAUUACGAGACUUCAGUUUCACAUGGUUUUGUUGAGAGACUUGUAGCCCAGCUACGCGAUAAACUCCCCGGGGAUGGUAAUCAGGAUUUACUUCUUUCCCCCGGACAGCUGAGACAGAUUUGGAAAAUUAGUGCAGGUAUCUGUGCAGAAAUUGAAAAGGAGAUAGCGAGGGGUUUGAAGAAUGGUUCUGCGGAAGCGAUGAGGAUUAUCGGAAACUGGCGACAACGAACAAAAAACACGGCUCAAAAGCCCAGGCAUUUCUCAUGGUCAAUCACAGAUGCUGGAACCUUCGACGGGAAAUCGAAAAUCGAUAACGAGAGUCAGAUAUCGUCUGCGAAAGCUGAUCUGGAAGGAAGAGAUGCAUGGAUACUUCAUGAAGUGGACUUUGCAUCGAGUGCGGAGACUACGGGUGCGGCUUUCAUGAUCUCGCUUAUGAGUAUCAAGGGAGCAGGAUUAUCUGUGGUAUCAGUUGGCAGGAUUGUGUUUGUGAUGUUGCAAUGGGAGAGCGAGUUGCAGAUGAUUUGA